UCAGCCUCUCUCCAAACCCAGUCUCCCUCUCUGCAGGAGGCCCAGGGAUCCCUGAGGCUCCCCCAGGAAGUCAGGGUCUGCCGGGGGCAAGGCCAGGCCCUUCAUGUGUCCCCUUCUCUUCCUCAGCUCCACAGGCUCCUCCGAUUUCCGUGGUCCUCAGAGGCCCCAGGAGACCGGGUAAUGGCAGCAGCUAGGCUCCUGCCGCGGUCGGCAGGACCCCAGGUGAGCUGUCCCCAAGGUCUUUGCAGUGCCCCAACCAGAGCCCCUGUGGCUUCUCCCACACCCAGGGCUCCCAGCAGCAGCCUGAGCAUUGCUGCAUCUCCUGAGCUCUGUGGCCCUUUCCCAUUGCCCUCUCAGUUCACAGGGCCCCCCAUUCCCAACUGCCCAUGUUGCACAUGCCCACUCCCCUUCACAGACAUGGAGGUUCAGUCUUACCAGCAGCCCCUGUCAUUCCAGGCUAAGGUAACCUUCGAGGAUGUGGCCGUGCUCCUCUCCCAGGAGGAGUGGAACCGCCUGGGCCCUGCUCAGAGGGGCCUCUACCGAAAUGUGAUGAUGGAGACCUAUGGAAACGUGGUCUCGCUGGGACUUCCAGGAUCCAAGCCCGAAGUGAUCUGCCAGCUGGAGCGAGGGGAAGAGCCAUGGGUCCUGGACAGAAAGGGAGCUAAGAAAAGCCAGGGCCUGGGGAGUGGUCGCUCAGACAACCUCAAAUGUGAGCGAACUACAGCCUGCAUGCAACAAGACAGUUUAUCUGGUCCAUGGGAAUAUGAAACCAAGGGAGAAAAGCAUAAUGCAGACUUGAGUCUGAAGCCAUUAAUUUCAGAGGAAAUAACAGUGAUUCUGGGGAAAACACCCUUGGGGAGGAUUGAUCAAGAAAAUAAUGAAACAGAGCAAAACUGUCUGAAUUCAAACCCUGCUUGCCACGCUGACGUUCAGGCCUUAAGCCAGACCGUGCCACUCACUCAGCAUCAGGCAGUUCCUAGUGGAGAGAGACCCUACAUGUGCAUCGAGUGUGGGAAGUGCUUUGGUCGGAGCUCCCAUCUCCUUCAGCAUCAGCGUAUCCACACUGGAGAGAAGCCCUACGUGUGCGGUGUAUGCGGGAAGGCAUUUAGCCAGAGCUCAGUCCUUAGUAAACACAGGAGAAUUCACACAGGUGAGAAGCCCUACGAGUGUAACGAGUGCGGAAAAGCCUUCAGAGUGAGCUCAGAUCUUGCUCAGCAUCACAAGAUACACACGGGAGAGAAGCCUCACGAAUGUCUCGAGUGUCGGAAAGCCUUCACUCAGCUCUCUCACCUCAUUCAGCACCAGCGGAUCCACACGGGAGAAAGGCCGUACGUGUGUCCUUUGUGCGGGAAAGCCUUCAACCACAGCACGGUCCUGCGGAGCCAUCAGAGGGUGCACACGGGGGAGAAGCCUCACGGGUGCACCGAGUGUGGAAAAACCUUCAGUGUGAAGAGGACGCUUCUGCAGCACCAGAGGGUCCACACCGGGGAGAAGCCCUAUGCGUGCAGCGAGUGUGGGAAGGCCUUCAGCGACCGCUCAGUCCUCAUCCAGCACCACAACGUGCACACCGGGGAGAAGCCCUACGAGUGCGGCGAGUGCGGGAAGACCUUCAGCCACCGCUCCACCCUGAUGAACCACGAGCGGAUCCACACGGAGGAGAAGCCGUAUGCAUGCUACGAGUGUGGGAAGGCCUUCGUUCAGCACUCGCACCUGAUCCAGCACCAGAGGGUCCACACUGGGGAGAAGCCCUACGUGUGCAGCGAGUGUGGGCACGCCUUCAGCGCGCGCCGGUCUCUGAUCCAGCACGAGAGAAUCCACACGGGUGAGAAGCCCUUCCAGUGCACGGAGUGUGGCAAAGCCUUCAGCCUGAAAGCGACUCUGAUUGUGCACCUGAGGACCCACACAGGCGAGAAGCCCUACGAGUGCAACAGCUGUGGGAAGGCCUUCAGCCAGUACUCGGUGCUCAUCCAGCACCAGCGGAUCCACACGGGCGAGAAGCCCUACGAGUGUGGGGAGUGCGGACGCGCCUUCAACCAGCACGGGCACCUGAUCCAGCACCAGAAAGUGCACAGGAAGCUGUGACCCGCGACCGACACAGAAUCCACCCUCUCAGAAACUGCACAUGGAACCACAGGCAGCCUCCAGCCCAGGGGAAGCGCCUUUGACCUCUGCAGGAGGCCCUUCUGUGAUGAGUCACUGUCACCAAGUAACUGAGAAGAGAAGCACUGGGAAUGUUCUUCCCACGGAAAAACUUCAGAGAAUGCCUGUUUGAUUUGACUCAACAUCUUGAGGUUAUAUUGGAGAACAAUCAUACAAUUACAGUGAAUUUUGGUAAAGACAGCCAUAUUUCUUUAACAUUACAUAGUUUAUUUGAAGUAACUAAGGGAAGUUAAGGCAUAAGAACUAGUGUCCCAAUAAAACUUUCUUAUAUUUGAGAUAAAAAUUCUUUUUCCUAGGACA